AUGGUGGUGCCAGAAUCAGAGAUGAACUCUCAAAACGAGGUAGAAUCUUCCUUACAAUCCGAUCAACUACACAACAACAAGAACCAUCAAUUCUCAUCACUGGGAAGACAAUCCUCAAUAUACUCCCUCACCCUCGACGAGUUCCAACACACACUAUGCGAAAGUGGCAAGAAUUUCGGGUCCAUGAACAUGGACGAGUUCCUCAGCAGCAUAUGGAACGCCGAAGAGAACCAGAACCAAGCCAUAAACAACUCUUCCAACAACGCCAACAACUUGCCUCUAAGCGAAACCUUAACAGAGAAAGGUAUAAUAAGGAAACAGCCAAGUCUUCCUCGUCAAGGGUCACUAACGAUUCCUGCACCUUUGUGUAGGAAAACAGUGGACGAGGUUUGGUCUGAGAUACACAAAGGACAACAAUGUCAACAACAAGUCACUGGCGGUAAUAACAACAAUCCGCAAAAUACCGAAUCUGCCCCUCGCCAACCUACUUUUGGAGAGAUGACUCUGGAGGAUUUCUUGAUUAAAGCAGGGGUAGUUCGGGAACAGUGUGCAAUGCCCAUCCAUGCUUCACAUCAGAAUUUUCAGCAGUUUGGCAUGUAUGCUAAUAACAACCCUACAAUGUCUCCUUCUUUUGUUGCUAGGCCUAUAAUGGGAAUUGGAGGCGGCGGCGGCUGUGGAAAUGUUGUUGUGCCGUCGCCUUUUCAGGCAAUGGCUCAGGGUGGUAGUGGCGCAUUGGGAGAGUCUCAUGGGUAUGCUGGAAAUGGAAAAAGGGACGGCGGGUACCCGGCGCCGCCGGGGGUUUGCUUUGGUGGGAGGGUGGUGAAUGGAGGGGGUGGUUAUGCGGCAAUGGCGGCGCCGGUGAGCCCGGUUUCGCCGGAUGGGAUAGGUACGGGUGAGAAUUCUGGCGGGCAAUUUGGGAUGGAGAUGGGUGUGUUGAGAGGGAGAAAGAGGGGUCUAGAUGGUCCUGUGGAGAAGGUGGUGGAGAGAAGGCAGAGGAGGAUGAUCAAGAACAGAGAAUCAGCGGCCAGAUCUAGAGCAAGGAAGCAGGCAUACACGGUUGAAUUAGAAGCAGAAUUGAACCAAUUAAAAGAAGAGAACGCGCAACUAAAAUUAGCAAUGGCCGAGCUUGAGAGGAGAAGAAAACAACAGUGUUCAGAGGAAGGGAACGGGAGAGUCCAAGCCAACACUCAGAAAGCCAAAAGGAAAUUAAGAUCAUUGAGAAGGAACCUAAGUUGCCCUUUAUGA